AAGACUACCACCAUCUUCCGCCGACCGCCGGCCACCUCCGGCCUGCCUACGCGAGCUCCUCCCGACGGCGCCACCCCCCUCACCUCGACGCGGGAACACUGCCGUGGGAGGAGGAGGAGAUGGAGUUCCUGUACGAUUGUGCCGCCACCGCCACCGCCGUCGUCGCGGACGUGGCGGCCGCGCUCGCGGGCACCGCCGGUAUCCAGGCGUCCUCUCCCUCUGCCGUCGCGUCCAAGAGAGGUACCGGAGCGGCCAGCUGAAGAGGGCUCUAUGCGAGGCUGAAGCCAACGCCUUCAAGGGAGUUCUAGUGAUGCAUUAUACAAGGAGCUAUAUGGCAUAUGCUUGCGCUGGGCCGUUGGUGCUUCGCCAAGGUGAAAGAGUUUACUACUUCCACAUGGACAUAUGGAACAGGAAACCACGCAGACCAGAGGAGAGGAAAUGCAGAUGCGAUGUGUACUUUCGCAAGGAGCAACUUGAAACUGAAGUAGCGAGGCAGGAACCGCGGCCGUGGGGCAGGUGGAGGGGACCUGCUGCCAGGGUCGAAGCUAGGGAAGACCGAGGGGAGUCGAUUAGGAUGGAGCGCAACAGGGUAGGAAGCUAUCCAGAGUCAGCUGCAGGCAUGCCACCUUGGACCACGGGGAGGCCACCACCGUGUAUCCGCCUUGGAGGCCAGGGUCGGAGCUGGAGCCGAGGAGGAUCCAUGAGGAGAGGAUGGCACGCGGCUCUCCCAAUCCAUGGUGUAGCCUGCGCGCACCUCCCAGCCAGCGAGCCGGAGCGGCAACCUAGCACGCCGUGGGAUCUCGGGUGGAGGCUCGAGGGCAACAUUAGGAGGAGAGAUGGAGACCAAAAAGUACACAUGAGAGAAGAACACAACAAGGAGCUACUUAUAGGCAAGCAAAGAAGGACCUAGAACACAAACGUGUGCAAACCUGGAACUACAAACAUGCAAAGGUGGACACAUGCUUGCAUGCAUCAGCCAUGCAGCAGCACACGUAUACCAGCCCAUACAACAGGCCAUGCAGCUAAUAUUUCUUUUUCACAUGAGACAAAAUCAGCCCAUGCGGUCAAACCAUCUUUUCACAUGAGACAAGAUAAGCCCAUGCACCUCUACAGGUAUAGUCCAAGAGAGAAGAGAUCAACCACUUCACGAAAGCCACCGUGCAUACGUGUCGCUCAAUUUGCAGGGGUAAAAAAAAUUCCAAAAAAACCAGAAAAAUCGAACCCUUACGGGACUAGUCUUCUUAGUAUAUGGACAAAAUUAUAAAAUGUCAUCUUAUAUAUUUCGUCCAUGUCUUCAUGCGUUAUUCUAAUGGCCUCAAUUUCUUUAAAUCUUCAUUUGAAGUGUCAUCUUCAUUUCUCAUAUGUUGAUGACACCUCAUGUUUGAUCAUGCUCCAAUGCAUGUCUUUUUUAUACAGUUCUUUUAUUUCUUAAUAAUAGAAAUUUAUAUGCAUAGCCAAAGUAUUUGUCUAUCAUGUUACAACAUUAUAUAUUGUAAAUUCAACUGAACGGAUGGCUCGAAACCACAUGAGCAAAAGACAAAUCAUAAUAUAACUAUAGCCAGUGGUUAAUUUUAAUGAGGUACGACUGAAUUUGUAAUUUUCUGUUCCUCGAAUUGUGAGAUGGAUGAGCUUGUUCAUUAGUCAACGCCCGAGAGAAGGAAAACGCUUUGUGAGAGAGGAAAUGUGAACUGCUGUAAGAAGCAUCGACACCAUCAGCCAUGAUUUACAAUUCGAGGAACAGAAUCCAACUUUUCAGGAAAUACAAAGUCGCAAUUCGAGGAACAGAAAUUUAGCACAAUUCUGAAAUCUAACUUGGAUUUCCUGAAAUGUUCGAUGUGGGCUAUGUCCAUUUAUUUUGUUAUAUAUUUUCAGAUUCAGAAGAGUCUUUGGCAUAGGUUAGGUGGGUGUGCGUGUUGCGCCUGAAUUUUGCAGUCCGGCCGCAACAGAUGCUACUGGUGGCAGUGUUCUGAGAUUCGUCACUGUGAGAGUAACUUCAACAGUAAUAUAUAGUCAAAUCAGCAAAUUUACCUAUGUGACAAUGAGUUAAUGAGGAGAGAGGUAAUUUGAAUAACUUAGCUAGUUACUAUAACAUAACAUAUUUCAAUACAAUAUGAGUCUAUAAUCUACUUAAUAAUGAAGCUUUGCAUGAUAUCACACUUUUGUUAUUAUAACUAUGAAGAUAGUAACAUAGGCUAGGGUCAUGUUAUGUUACCGGUGUAAGAGCAUCUCUAACAGACUCCUUAAAAGAUCCUAACCAUACAUGCAGGCGAUGAUCGCCUAUACAUAUAUUCAACAGUGUUAAAUGCCUGCCAGAUGCCGCUCAACUCAAGAACCACAAUAGUUGGACACCUCAAUCACAAUUAGAUAAAGCUUAGGGCACCAAGUAAAGCAGAAGAUAUCUUGUUAGCUAUUGUGAAAGCUACAUGUAUGCACACUGAAAUUAGUGAUUAGCGAAAUAGAGGAUUCUUCAUUAAUGCCUAUAUUACUUGUUAAUUACACCAGUUCUAGCAAAAACCCAUGAGCAUAUGGAUCACGUACUCAUCAAUCUAUUAUUGAUGCAACUUUGGCAACCUAUUUUGCGGCAUACAAAAUGGCAACUCAUGAUCCACUACUGUAGUGCUACAAGCACUUGGCAUUGCCAAGUUGCACUUUCUGGCUUUGAACAAUAUCUUUCCUAUCCAAGAUAAAGCUUUUGAGCAGCACAAACCAAAUUACUAUCAGAUGCCAGAGCUUAGGGAUGUAAAUGCCGCAAUAAAUGGUGAGCUUGAUAGUUCAUUUUUCCCGGAAAAAAUACUUUAUUGAACUGUUAGACCGAUAAGCAGGACUCGGUUUACAUCCCUACCAGAGCUACCUAAUGGAACAUGAGAGCCACAAGGUGCUAAAUCUCUCUUUGUCAAAGUACUUUGUAGAUUUUAAUUAUUUAUAUGUUUUCAGGAUCUAUUCUUAUAUGCCAAAAACUGGCAAUGCAUAACUUAUUUUAAUGUUUAUAAUUAAUCAGACUUGAAAGUCUUUGCUUCGAUGAUAAGAAAAUCACUGAGCCAAGAAAUGUCAUCAUCAUUAAUCAGACUUAUUUGAUACAUUGUUUCCUUACUACAUAUGGCAUGCUCCAACUUAUUUGAUACGUACAAUAUUUACUUACUGUAUCUGGCAAGGCAACACCUCCCUCUAAGUCACAAGAAGCAAAUGAACAAUUCAAAGUCAGGGUUAAGAUCUUGAACAAAUGCACCAUGUACUGAAUUUGACUUGACAGCAACAAGGCUUCGGAUUAUGACCAGUUCAUUCUUGGGCUGUGGUAAUUCUCAGACUCAGGCUGAUGUCCAUACCAUUGUAGGCGAGAGGUGCGUACAUCCAUGUCUCGUCAGAGCUCAAGACCUGUUCAGAACAAGGGAAUAUCAGAAUAAUACUCCAUGUUUGAAAUAAAUUUCUUGUAUCCUCCUUUUCAAAUCAAAUAGAAAAAAGCACAGAGGAUUAAGCAAUUUCCCCCGU